UCGACACGCUCACCAACCUUUCGCUUGAUCAUCCCACUAUCGCUAUCCAUCAUCGCCAUUGUCAUUGUUAUAGUCACCGUCAUUGUCCCUGCAGUUGGCACUGCUCCUGCCGUCGUAUCGUUGUGAUAAAAGCUUCACUACUUAAAACUGAAAAUGUCCUCGAAAUUCGUCGAGAUCCUCGAGGACGACGGUGAAACCGUCGCCCAGCGCAAAAUGUGCGAUUCCGACGUCAAACUCGAAGACGUCUUGGCUGACCACGAGGCCACUGUCAAUCGAUCGCGCUCAUCCACCCAGUCGUCCAGCAAGAGCCAGGAAUCCCCGCCAUGGAGUCGCGAUGGUCAAGACUCCAAUGCCUCGUCCACGUCGACCUCGUCAUCAACAAGCUCGAAUACGUCGCCGACGUCACCUUUACCGAAAAUCAAGCGACUCAGAAAAUUCACUUUGACCGGCGGUUUUUCGCGUUAAACACUCUACUUCUUGUGAUGACUCGCUCUGAUGAUCUGGAUUACUGCACGCUCGCAACUAGACUGGAAUGAUCGGCAGUCAAACACACCAAUAUCUACUCUUACACGAUUAAUAUACGAACAUUUUCAUGACAGCAGGCUUUAUUUAUCUGGCUUACGAACAUCACCUACCCUAUCUAACGAAACAUGUUUACACGAAAAUUGCUUAUUCACUGUUUUGAUACCCUUCCCCACAUGUUCGUCAACUCGCCCGAAUCGACGCCAUUUGAAAUCACAGGCAUAUGGUCAAACAAGAUUGUGUAUAUAUCCUAGAAUCUGCCUGCAUUUAUUACGCUAACAACGAUGACCAUGGCGUUGUUAUUGUAUUUACCAGUAUCUAUAGACUUGCUUCCAAAAAUACAGCUCCAUCUUCAUUCCAUUAAAAAACCUCGCUUU